ACCACGCCUGCUGCGCCCACAUUCUUUGCUCGCAAGCUUCAGCCCGGACUUCAGCUAACUGUAACAAGCUUUUACAGUCAAGAUCUACCAAAACCGCCCAUCAUGUCGAACCACCACUUCCCAGACAUCCAAAACAAGCUCUCCGCACCGGUCAAGCUCUCAGCAUUCGAACGCCGGAAACAAGAGGCCGAAGCGAAACGCCGGCGCGAAGCAGCAGAGGACGCAGCAGCUAUAAAGCAAGCGGUGGAAGACAUGCAAGCAGGCGAUGAGGGCGAUCCUCUACCGACGACCGAAGCCAAGAUCAGCAAUAUGGGGGGGUUUGGGAACGCGCCACAUCCGUCGAGACACUUUGCCGGGAGUUCAAUGGGAUUCAGGCUGCCAGAACAGCAGCCGCUACCGCCAACACAGUCGCUACGGCCGCUGGCGCAAAAGAGACAACGUGAGAAGUCGCCCGAGCUGGCAGAAGAUGACAUCUUGAGCUUCAUAGAGUCGAACAAGAAGGCCAAACCGGGCAAUGCGGAGCCGCGUUCGCGAAAUGGCUUAAGAGCGGCGUCAUGGGGAUCAUCGGACGACUCGAAGGCGCACCCGCGAAGUGACGGGCGCAAAGCAGCAUUUAGGGAUUCGAACGAUUCGGAUGUCGAUAGUGUUGAUAGCGAGCCGGAUCCGAACGAGCCCAAGCCGCUGGUUGACGUAUGGAACAUACCGAUUGACAUGUCUUUAGACAUGAUCGAAGCGAUGAUCGACAAGAUGAUGCCUGCGGGCCGGGAAGCCAAAGAGGUUAUUCCCAUGCCGCCAAAAGGCCCGAUUGCCAAUUCUGGAGGACGCAAGUCGAAAAUCGCUACGGUGAGACUGGCUCGUGGACUGCUUGCGGCAGAGCUCGACCAGGUCGCAGCAGCUUUUAAUGGAAAGUAUGCGGGCUGGGGAUAUUACUUGCGUGCUGCCCGCCAGACAACUUUCAUGAGUGAAUCCAUUGACCACAAUGCUCAAUCACUUUAUCCUUUCGGUGCCGUGCCAGUCGCCAACCGUGGAAAGGGCUCUGGCGGCAAUCAAGUAGGUAAUUACGGCGACAACCGUGGAGGGAGCUACAACGACAAUCGCGGAUCAAGUUACGGCAACAACCGCGGAGGAGGUUACGGGGAGAAUCGCGGACGCGGAUACGGCGACAAUCGUAGCGGUUACGGCGACAAUCGUGGAGGCUACAACGACAAUCGUGGAGGCUACAACGACAAUCGUGGAGGCUACAGCGACAAUCGUGGAGGGGGCUACGGCGGCAAUCAAGGAGGGGGCUACGGCGGCAAUCAGGGAGGGGGCUACGGCGGAAAUCAAGGAGGUAAUUACGGCAACAAUCGUGCAGGAGGUUACGGACGGAGUCCUGUAGGCCCUCAAGGAAUGCGCGGCGCCCCAAAUCAAGACAAGGGUGGUGGAUAUGGACAGCCGAACUAUCAAAAUGCUAGGAGAGGCAGCCAGGAUUUCUCACAACUAGAGGUGAAGGUUACUCCCCCAGCUGAUCUGCAGCAAAUGAGGCUCAUCCACAAGACGGUUGAAGGGGUGCUUACGCACGGUGUUGCGUUUGAGGCUCUACUGAUGUCACUUUCGGAUGUACAGAAGCAGGAGAAGUGGGCUUGGAUCUGGGAUGCCAGGAGCGUAGGCGGCAUAUGGUACCGAUAUCGCCUUUGGGAACUAAGCAGGCCUCGCCGUUCUCGCCGCCCAUCUAAUUCCAACGCCCGACGUGGUUCCAACGGGGGCCUCAUCCAACUGGUCUUCGACGAAGGACCCACGUGGGUGGCACCAACGGACGUUCCGAAGUUCGAGUUCAUCGCCGAAAUCUCAGAAUUCAAAGACGAUCCCGACUACCACGAGUCUGACCUCGACAGCGAUGACGACGAAGGUGGCGGCCGCCGCAGCUUCAACGACGGAACCGGCCCUCCACCCGAAGACCACCUCCAACCCAAGCUCGCCUUUCUCGAACCGCUCGCGAAAGCGCAACUUACGUGGCUGCUGGCCCGUCUGCCGAGCGAGAUGACCAAACUUCGCGCCGGCGAUGUCGCGCGCGUCACCGACUUCGCUAUCAAGCACUCUGCCCGUGGCAGGGAAGAAAUCGUUGACAUGAUCAUCCUGAACGUCGAGAAGCCCUUCUGCUUCACCUCCGCCAACACCAAUCCAAAGCCAACAAUAGAAUCCGCCCAGCGCUCCAUCGAGCCUCCGACUGACACCACCGACAACCCUAGCUCCGAGCUCGGCCCAGCCAAGCAGCAGCAGCCCGUCGACGCGUCCUCCCCAGCCAAUCUCUCCACCGAGCCUGUCGACAUCUCCUCUGCGAAACUCGUCGCCCUCGCCGUGAUCUACGACCUUUGCGUUGCCGGCACCGACCACAGCCUCGGCUUCACCAUCAGCUCCUGGCGCUAUCCCGUCGAUUUCGCGUCCGAGCUCACACGCCGUCGCGUCUUCGCACACCUGGGCCGCCUCGACCGCGAUCUCGGCUGGGGCAAGAUGCGCGCGCGGCGCUGGAAGAUUCAGAUCCACAACGUCCUCGACCUGUGGAAGGAACGCGGUUUCUUCACUCCAACCACCAUGCAGGAGCUUGCAGACCAGUUUGCGAAUCCGCCGCUGACAGCACGCGAGAAGGAGAUUGAGGCGCGGGAGGCGGCGGAGCGCGCGCGCGUGCAGGCGAAGCGAGGGAAGGUGGAGAUUAGAGCUAUUAUGCCUGCGGAUGGCGAGGGCAGUGAGGGUGAUGAGGGCGGUCUGGCGUCGGUGGACAGGGAGCAGGAACGCAAGGAGAAGGUGCAGUUCUCGAUGGCCAUGGGACCGCCGCAGGGUCGGAAGCGCAAACCGCAGGUUUUGUGAGCUGGCUUCUGGUGAGGUGGAAAAGGGGCGGAGGCGCCUUUGGCUUGCUGGGACUACGGUCAGAACAGUAGCCUGUAUGAUAUGAUAUGGAUGGCUGCGGCCUGAGUAUGAAGGGAGAGAUAGUAAAUCCGAGCUUAGCUCGGUCAGAGAAUGCGAAU